UACGAUCCUUUGUGCGGCUCCAAAACAAAUGUGACAGUCAGGCGGGUUUGACGACUUGAAGGCGGAUCCGCAUAUGAGUCUCCUGCUGUGUGGGUAGUGUCAUAAGGAAAUCCGUCUUGGACUCAUUAUCAGUAUAUAAGUGAUGCUUUAAACUUUGAAAAACAACUUUUUCUCAAGAGAACGAUGGAUCCUCUGACAGUUCUUCUUUGCGUGCUUCUAACCACUACAGGCUUUCAAGGAUUCAGCAAAGCAACAACCAUUCGGACAUUGACAACAGACUCUUAUGAUACAACAUUGGAUCCAUCAGCAGAUUCCAAAUCAUGCAGGAAUUAUUGUGGAUAUAGUUAUACCACUUGUUCAUGCGACGACAACUGCCAGUACAACAGAAACUGUUGCCUUGACUACAAAAACUACUGUGUAAAAACAACUGACUGGCCAGUUUUUGUGACAACUAAAGCUGCAGAUACAACAACAUCCUCAGAUGGCUCCUCCUGCAGGGAUAGCUGUGGCUCAUUUGUUGGCACUUGUGCAUGUUACAGUGCUUGUCAAGAUCUGGGUAACUGUUGCCCUGACUUUAAAACCUACUGCUCAUUGACAACUUAUAAACCGGAUCCAACAGUUUGGGAAGAUGAGUUUUUCUCAUGUGUGUAUAACUGUGGCAUUGACUUUGGCAUCUGCUCUUGCGAAAGCUCCUGUCAGUACUAUGGCAACUGUUGCUUUGACUUUAAGUGGAAUUGCCCAGUGCCCACAACAACCAGUACAACCCCCAUGACAUCAACCUCGACAGAAUUGUCCACAACAACCAGUACAACCAUGACAACAGAACAUAUUUAUGUGGAUUACUUUUGCGCAUAUAACUGUGAUAUUGACUUUGGCCCUUGUUCAUGCAAGAGCUCUUGUCAGUACCAUGGCAACUGUUGCCCUGACUACGAGUGGUCUUGCCCAGGGUCCACAAUAACCAUGACAACAGGCUCGACAGAACUGUCCACAACCAGUACAACCAUGACAACAGCCUCGAAAGAGUUGUCCACAACAACCAGUACAACCAUGACAACAGGCUCGAUAGAACUGUCCACAACAACCAGUACAACCAUGACAACAGAACAUAUUUAUGUGGAUUACUUUUGCGCGUUUAGCUGUGAUAUUGACUUCGGCCCUUGUUCAUGCAAGAGCUCUUGUCAGUACCAUGGCAACUGUUGCCCUGACUACGAGUGGUCUUGCCAAGUGCCCCCAACAACCACUACAACCAUGACAACAGGCUCGACAGAACAGUACACAACAACCAGUACAACCAUGAAAACAGGCUCGACAGAACAUAUUUAUGUGGAUUACUUUUGCGCGUUUAGCUGUGAUAUUGACUUCGGCCCUUGUUCAUGCAAGAGCUCUUGUCAGUACCAUGGCAACUGUUGCCCUGACUACAAGUUGUACUGCCCAGUGUCCACAACAACCAAGACAACAGGCUCGACAGAACUGUCCACAACAACCAGUACAACCAUGACAACAGGCUCGACAGAACUGUCCACAACAGCCAGUACAACCAUGACAACAGAACAUAUUUAUGUGGAUUACUUUUGCGCGUUUAGCUGUGAUAUUGACUUCGGCCCUUGUUCAUGCAAGAGCUCUUGUCAGUACCAUGGCAACUGUUGCCCUGACUACGAGUGGUCUUGCCCAGUGUCCACAACAACCACUACAACCAUGACAACAAGCUCGACAGAACAGUCCACAACAACCAGUACAACCAUGAAAACAGGCUCGACAGAACAUAUUUAUGGGGACCACUUUUGCGCGAAAAGCUGUGAUAUUGACUUUGGCCCUUGUUCAUGCAAGAGCUCUUGUCAGUACCAUGGCAACUGUUGCGCUGACUAUGAGUUGUAUUGCCCAGCGCCUACAACCUCAUGGCCACCCAUAACAGAUAAUCACCCAGCAUGUGGAGCACUCCUGUAUGGUUCUGGGCUGUUUUCCAGUCCCAACUAUCCACACUAUUAUUACGACAAUGCACACUGUGUGUGGUAUCUCUCUGCUCAGCCAGGACAGAGGCUCUUCUUGUCAUUUGCUGAUGUACAAUUAGAUCGCUGCUGUGACUGUGACUACAUCUCUGUACAUGAUGGUUCUUCUAUUGGUCAUCAACAAUUGGGAAGGAUCUGCUUCAAUGACACCACACACCAGACGUUUCACUCAUCUUCUCGAUACUUGACCGUUGUCUUCAGGAGUGACCACUCUGGUGUCAGCCAUGGCUUUAAAGCUCAGUUCACAAGCUCUCUGACCGCAGAUCAAGGUCGUGUGGACUGUUCUUCAGACAACAUGGUCAUUGUCAUUAGAGCAUCGUACCUGAAUUCACUUGGGUUCAAUGGAAAUUACCUUUAUGUGGAUGACCAUCGGUGCAGACCCACCAUUAACAGUACUGAGGUUGUGUUCCGCUUCUCUCUCAACACGUGUGGCACUGGCAAAGAGAUGAUGAAUGGUUAUGUUGCUUACACCAACAACGUGCGGGCAUCUCAGUCUAAAUCGGGCGAGAUCACCCUUCAGCCACAGUUUCUGUUACAUGUGGGCUGCAGAAUGGAGCCGGACACUGUGGUGCAGAUACUCUACAAGGCUAAAGAGGACAUCAAUGCUAACAUCACAGGAGCGGGUCGCUUUAAUGCCAGCAUUGCCUUUUUCACCUCUAGCAGUUUCAACCAACAAAUUUUUCACUCUCCAUAUGAGGUGAACCUUAACCAAUACAUGUAUGUUCAGGUUUGGCUAAACAGACCUGAUACGAGCCUGGAUCUCUUCCUGGAGACCUGUGUUGCAUCUCCAGAUCCAAAUGACUUCAAAACCCGCUCCUAUGACCUGCUGCGUAAUGGAUGUCCCAGAGACAGCACAUAUUAUUCCUACAUCAACGGUCAGCAGUAUUACGCACGGUUCCGUUUCCAGGCUUUUAAGUUCCUUCGGACACAUGCCAAUGUGUACCUGCAGUGUAAGGUGAUCAUUUGCCCUGAUAAUGAUUACAACUCUCGGUGUCGUCAGGGGUGCCGUUUACGUCGCAAGAGGUCCCUUGAAUCCAACCACCACACCAAUACUGUGAUACUGGGGCCAAUCACACUCAAAGGUCAGAGGGAGAAAGGCCUGGUGUGAAGAAGUCUGAGAAGAGAAAGAAAUGAAGAGAUCAUCUUCAUUGCCUGAAAACAGUGAUAAUUAUCAAAAAUCUCUGUUAACCACUUCUGAAUCCAAAUCAAUAAAGCAUUCCUAAACAGC